GAGUGCGAUAGCGAGUCUUGCUUUCAAUCUUUCAUCUUUGCCCACAACCCACCCGCGCCUGACUGCUAACACUCGUCGUCUUCACUUGUGAUUUCGUCGCUACACAUUGACGCCAACGAACGCCGAUCUAUUUGAUUUUUUGAUACUCCUAUACCUCUGAACUACAAUGUCACAUAUGGAGGUCAUGGCCUACGGGCGGAUGCCACUUGAACUGACAUCGCCUACCUCGCCGAGUGCGAUGUAUGGCUCUGAGCUCGAUCUCGAGUUGGCAUCGCUUUUGAGCUCGCUGAGCAUUCAACAUAAGAUGAGCAACCAUGGACACGGGCAGGCCCGAGUAAACGAGGACUUGCAGCCCAGCGGAGAACGAAGAUCAGGAGCGGACGGGAUGGGAAGUCCAGAUAUCUCAAUGGACGGGGAGAUGGAGACCUCAGUCUCGAUGUCAGACACUUUGGACUCCUCAAGUUCCUCCGACGGAACUUACUCUCAACCGCAGCACCCAACGAACACUACCCAAACCCCCGCCGCCACCGCCAACACCGCUCCGUCAGUCCCACCCCCAGCGCAAGCCUAUCCCGCUCCAUGUCCCCUUCUCCAAUCCAUCAUCACACACCUCGCUCCCGAUCAGUGCAACCCGAACGGGGCCGAUCCCUCAGCCCCUCCUCCCGACAACAACACCAACAACAACCACACCACCACCACCCCUACCGAAACGACCUCCCUGAGCACCACCUCCGGAGAAUAUCUCGAUCUCAUCUUCAUGCACCGCGAGAUGUUCUCGGCGCAUCCGGCCGGGCACGUCGGAUGUCCGGCGGCGUUUACGGCGUUGGCGAGGGAUCUGGAGGGGAGAGCAUGGAGGAGUGAUAGGGAGGGCGAUUUGGAGGCUGUGAAGGCGUUUAGGCACGAGGCGUGGAUGACCGCGGCGUGGCUGGGCAGUGGAGGGAUGUGGUGGGGGAAUACGGGGAGUACCGGUGGAGGUGUGACUGCGAGUUCGACUGCUAAUACUACUACUACGCAGUGGGAGAGCGAGGCGGGGAUGGGAAGGGGGAUUGGGUUGUUGGAGGACUAGAGGGAAAACGCCGGCCGUUUUCCGGUGUCUGGAUACCCCGUUCAUGUUGUAGGAUUUGACUGUACGACAACGCUUGUAGCUAGUAGUCCACUAUGUACAUGUUUAUGAUAUAUGUUUUAGAUAUGCACGU